CUCUGUUCUAUUUUUUUUUUAUGUCGUCUCCAGUUCUUAUGAUAAGAGCUGAUAGAAUUUAGAUACUUGGUUACUAGUACAUAGAUCUCUUUGUUUCUUGUGUUGUUGUGUUCUUGUGUUCUUAUAGCUGAUAGAAUUUAGGUAAUAGGUUACUAGUACAUAGAUCUUUUUGUUUCUUGUGUUGUUGUGUUCUUCUGUUCUUAUAGCUGAUAGAAUUUAGGUAAUAGGUUACUACUUACUAGUACUUGAUCGUCUAUGCGUGGAUGGUUGCUUGUUCUUGAUCGCCUCUUACAUAUGAUAUGGUUGCUUGCUCUUGAUUGUUUAGUUUGAUAGUUUGAUAGGACUUGAGUAUGAGACUUGAUCUUUACGUCUGAUAGUUUAGAUAAUAAAAAUUUCUUAUAAUGGUUGAGUCUCUGACCAAUGAGAAAUAAGAGAAUAGUUGCUAUAAUUUUUAAAAUUGCAAAAAAAUAGAAACAGAACCCUAAACAAUAUUACCUAAACUCACGACCUAAGCAAAAAAAAAAAACGACGCAGAAACCUAAACUCUAUCUCUAAGUCUCUAACGAAGAAGAGAGAAAGAGAUGACAGAUGAUGGUUCAAGUUUCGAUCCAAAUUUCACACCGUUGAAUACAAUGGAUUUUGAGAGCCAGCGAGUCCUUGGAGUUAUUUUGGCAGCUGAUGAGGCUGAUGAUGGUUCAUCUGAUGGAGCAAAAAAGAAGCAAAGAAAGAAGAGAAGGCUUAUUCAAGCUGAUGAUGAUGAAGAUGAUAGUGAUGUUGAAAUCACUCCUCCACCAAUACAAGCUACUACUCUGCGCAAACAAGCCACCUGCGGAACCGUGCGAGCCUUGAAAUCAAAGAAACCAAUGUUGCAGGUAUGGAAGAUCCAUAAUUGGCUGCAGAUAAAUGAGGAAAGCGAUGAUGAGAUUAUCCGAGAGAUGGUGAUACCGAUGAAAGAGAAGUUCGAUAAGUACUGGGAAGAAGUCAGUGAUCUUUUUGCAAUGACAGCUGUCUUUGAUCCACGCUUGAAGCUUCCAGUUGUAGAGUAUUGUUUAGGGAGACUUGACAUGAGUACACGUGAUGCGAAAAUGAAGAACUUGCGUCUGAAGCUGGAAACUUUGUUUCAAUCAUACGACAAAAAAUCAAAGUCAACAUCACCUUCUGCAGAUUUGGAUGAACCUGCACUAGAUAUGGAUAGCUUUGAAAGUUUGGAUAUUCUCGACUGGUGGAAAGAUAAUACUCACAGGUUUGGUGAUUUGCCAGCAAUGGCUUGUGAUCUGCUUAGCAUUCCGAUCACAACAGUGGCUUCAGAAUCCUCCUUUAGCAUCGGUUCGAGAGUUCUGAACAAAUACAGGAGCCGUCUACUUCCCAAAAAUGUGCAGGCUCUGAUAUGUAGUAGGAAUUGGCUAAAAGGAUUCGAAGCUUAUGAACAUGAAGAUGAAAUGGAUGGUGAAGAAGAGAUAGUUGAAGUUGAAGAAGAAGAAACUUGAUUUUUAUUUUGAUCUGGUGUUUUUUUUUAUUCGCAUUAUGGAUUUUGUGGCGCUCUUUUUCUCUUGUCGGGUUUUGUCCCAAUGGGUUUUCUCGAUAAGGUUUUUACCGAGGCCACGUUACAUUGUUUGGAUUUUGUUUGGGUGUUCAUUUACAUUACUUGGAUAUGAUUACUUAGAUUUGGUGUUGUUACUUAAUGUCAUUCUUAUGCAUACACAUCAGUGCA